AUGAAUUUGAAGUAUCCCAAGUUGGAGGAUGCCGAUCGUCAAUUCCGUGUGCUGGCUCUACAGUCUUCUAGAGACUUCGGUGCCAACAUCAAAUGCCAUGUCCAUAAUCGAUCGGAACAUCCCAACACAGCAUACGAAGCCUUGUCUUACAGAUGGGGAGAUCCAAAUGACACUACCCUAAUUUGCGUCCGCUUGACUGAAUAUAAGGACGAACCACAAUCCGAUGAGACUCCAUAUCUAUCAUGGCCAGUUACGCGCAACCUGGAACAAGCGCUGCGAGCUUUGCGACUACCUGACAGGAGGCGUCUUCUUUGGGUAGAUGCACUUUGUAUAGAUCAAAAUGACGACGUUGAGAGAAGUCAGCAGGUCCGGAUAAUGGGUCAGAUCUAUCAAAACUGUGCCCGAGAUCUGUUAUGGCUUGGACCAGAGAAUUCUCAGAUCAGCCGAGCAAUGAGACUGAUCGUGAAAAUCCAAGGCCAUGGUGCAAGCGGCCAUGAUAAGACAUGUAGGUCGAUGGUUGAAACGGAAAGCACGACAUUCUCGGCCUUCUCAGACCAAGACUGGGAUGAUCUGAAGAGUCUUCUCCUACAUCCUGUCGUAUGGGGCAGAGUCUGGAUCAUUCAAGAAUUGAUCUUAUCGCCCGAAUUUACCCUCGUGUGUGGCAAGGAUACAGUGGACUGGAAUUGUAUUGACAGCGUACUUGAGAACAACUGCGAAGUCCUGAGAAAGAUCGACUUGCAAGGCCCUGAGCUAGGAACGCUUCUAGAAGUUAUUGGCAAAGUGAGCACCAUUCGUAUGUACCGGAUGCCACCGGAAAUAACGACCCCUUUGUUUUCCAAGUCUUUGCUCACCACUUUCUUCUUUUUUCUCGACUGGGAAGCGACUGAUAGGCGAGACAAAGUGUAUGCAGUACUAAGUCUCACUACCGACGGAAAAGACUUGGGUGUUGACUACAAAAGGACGAUGGAUCAGUUAUCGAUUGACUUCGCUAGAACAUGCCUUGCACAGGGCAACAUCGGGCUUUUAUCUCACAACACAAGCUAUUGUGUCACUAAAAGUCAAUACCUCGAACCACAACCUAUCAGCCAUGAGUAUGGCAUCGCUCAGGAAGUGCUUUUGAUUCCUCGCAGAAGGGACUGGCCAACAUGGAUUCCUGAUUUGUCAGAUGACAUCAUCAAGGGUGCUAAGAUCUCUGGUCUUUCUGUUGCAGGAGUGUCGAAGUAUAACGCAUGUGGUACUAUGAAAAGUAUGGAAGCCUUGCAAGUCAGUCAGUGCAAAAUUACUCCGUCACUUGGACUACUGAUUGCUGGGAUCUUCGUUGAUUCAGUUGCAUUCGUCAGCCCGAUAACUCUCGUAUCUGAGAACGAGACUCCAAGAAACCGGUGGACUCGUGAUGUCCUCACUUGGGCACCACCUGAAACGAAACAGCAGAAUGCAAUCUUACAACUGUAUCCAUGGUCUGACUCACAACAUGAAAGUGUUGUUUCGGCGUAUUGGCGAACCAUCGUAACAGAUCGUCGUGCGGAUAAACGACUGAAUGCAGAGGAUCUAAGACAAAGCAACUGGUAUGCAGACGUCUCGGAGGGUGCUGAUAUACCUCAAGAAAACAUGUUGCUGAUAGGCUGGCGCUUUGGCAAAACUGCAGCUGGGAUGUACUGUAUGCUUCCACCUCAAUCGAAGGUUGGGGAUACCCUUUGCGUGCCGCUGGGAGGACAAGUGCCGCUACUGCUUCGAACGCGAAACGGAAAUGACGAGCUUUGUGAGCUGAUUGGGGAGGCAUACGUGCAUGGUAUCAUGGAUGGAAUGGGCAUGCUUCGGGCUGUCGCAAAGAUGAGUAGGAUGUUGCAAGCUGACCCGAAUCAUGAUCACGAAUACAUGGCUACAAGGCUACGAGACGAGACGAAGGGCACGCAGUUCUAUAUGAAGACUUUUCACAUUGUAUGA